GCACAGUCAGGUUGAAGUGAGAACCAGACCAAGGCCCUGUCAUCAGCUCCUGGAGACUCAGUUCUGGUGGCAUGGAGAGGACCCUUGUCUGUCUGGUAGUCAUCUUCUUGGGGACAGUGGCCCAUAAAUCAAGCCCCCAAGGGCCAGAUCGCCUCCUGAUUAGACUUCGUCACCUUAUUGACAUUGUUGAACAGCUGAAAAUCUAUGAAAAUGACUUGGAUCCUGAACUUCUAUCAGCUCCACAAGAUGUAAAGGGGCACUGUGAGCAUGCAGCUUUUGCCUGUUUUCAGAAGGCCAAACUCAAGCCAUCAAACCCUGGAAACAAUAAGACAUUCAUCAUUGACCUCGUGGCCCAGCUCAGGAGGAGGCUGCCUGCCAGGAGGGGAGGAAAGAAACAGAAGCACAUAGCUAAAUGCCCUUCCUGUGAUUCGUAUGAGAAAAGGACACCCAAAGAAUUCCUAGAAAGACUAAAAUGGCUCCUUCAAAAGGUAUGCACCUUAAAUGCAUUUCUUUCACUUCCAUGUUGUGUCCGGGUACCUCCUGUGCCCAGUGACUCAUAGGCUCUCGUUCCCACAGAUGAUUCAUCAGCAUCUCUCCUAGAACACAUAGGACCCGAAGAUUCCUGAGGAUCCGAGAAGAUUCCCGAGGACUGAGGAGACGCCGGACACUAUAGACGCUCACGAAUGCAGGAGUACAUCUUGCCUCUUGGGAUUGCAAGUGGAGAAGUACGAUACGUUAUGAUAAGAACAACUCAGAAAAGCUAUAGGUUAAGAUCCUUUCGCCCAUUAACUAAGCAGACAUUGUGGUUCCCUGCACAGACUCCAUGCUGUCAACAUGGAAAAUCUCAACUCAACAAGAGCCCAGCUUCCCGUGUCAGGGAUUUCUGGUGCUUCUCAAGCUGUGGCUUCAUCUUAUUGCCCAACUGUGACAUUCUUUGAUUGGAAGGGGAAAACUAAAGCUUUUAGCAAAAAUACAGCUAGGGAAUUUGUCGAUCUGCGAGAGUAAGACCUCUUAUGAUCCUAACGGAAUGAUGUAAGCUGGAAAUAAUAAGCAUAAGAUGAAAUUGAAAAUUGAAGUCUUUAUUCUUUAAGAAAAACUUUGUACUUGAAAGCAUGUCUGAAGAGUUUACUCAUUACCACAAACAUCUAGCAUAUUGAUAACUAACAUCUUUAUACUCUACAAGAGAGGCUUUCCAGAUAGGUACAGUUUUUCUUCUCUAUUAGGUCUAUCAAAAUUUAACCUAUUAUGAGGGUCACCCCUGGCUUUCACUGUUUUUCUAAAGAGGCAAGGGUGUAGUAAGAAGCAGGCUUAAGUUGCCUUCCUCCCAAUGUCAAGUUCCUUUAUAAGCUAAUAGUUUAAUCUUGUGAAGAUGGCAAUGAAAGCCUGUGGAAGUGCAAACCUCACUAUCUUCUGGAGCCAAGUAGAAUUUUCAAGUUUGUAGCUCUCACCUCAAGUGGUUAUGGGUGUCCUGUGAUGAAUCUGCUAGCUCCAGCCUCAGUCUCCUCUCCCACAUCCUUUCCUUUCUUUCCUCUUUGAAACUUCUAAGAAAAAGCAAUCCAAACAAGUUCAGCACUUAAGACACAUUGCAUGCACACUUUUGAUAAGUUAAAUCCAACCAUCUAUUUAAAAUCAAAAUCAGGAGAUGAGCCAAGAGACCAGAGGUUCUGUUCCAGUUUUAAACAGACUUUUACUGAACAUCCCAAUCUUUUAACCACAGAGGCUAAAUUGAGCAAAUAGUUUUGCCAUUUGAUAUAAUUUCCAACAGUAUGUUUCAAUGUCAAGUUAAAAAGUCUACAAAGCUAUUUUCCCUGGAGUGGUAUCAUCGCUUUGAGAAUUUCUUAUGGUUAAAAUGGAUCUGAGAUCCAAGCAUGGCCUGGGGGAUGGUUUUGAUCUAAGGAAAAAGGUGUCUGUACCUCACAGUGCCUUUAAAACAAGCAGAGAUCCCGUGUACCGCCCUAAGAUAGCACAGACUAGUGUUAACUGAUUCCCAGAAAAGUGUCACAAUCAGAACCAACGCAUUCUCUUAAACUUUAAAAAUAUGUAUUGCAAAGAACUUGUGUAACUGUAAAUGUGUGACUGUUGAUGACAUUAUACACACAUAGCCCACGUAAGUGUCCAAUGGUGCUAGCAUUGGUUGCUGAGUUUGCUGCUCGAAAGCUGAAGCAGAGAUGCAGUCCUUCACAAAGCAAUGAUGGACAGAGAGGGGAGUCUCCAUGUUUUAUUCUUUUGUUGUUUCUGGCUGUGUAACUGUUGACUUCUUGACAUUGUGAUUUUUAUAUUUAAGACAAUGUAUUUAUUUUGGUGUGUUUAUUGUUCUAGCCUUUUAAAUCACUGACAAUUUCUAAUCAAGAAGUACAAAUAAUUCAAUGCAGCACAGGCUAAGAGCUUGUAUCGUUUGGAAAAGCCAGUGAAGGCUUCUCCACUAGCCAUGGGAAAGCUACGCUUUAGAGUAAACUAGACAAAAUUGCACAGCAGUCUUGAACCUCUCUGUGCUCAAGACUCAGCCAGUCCUUUGACAUUAUUGUUCACUGUGGGUGGGAACACAUUGGACCUGACACACUGUUGUGUGUCCAUGAAGGUUGCCACUGGUGUAAGCUUUUUUUGGUUUUCAUUCUCUUAUCUGUAGAACAAGAAUGUGGGGCUUUCCUAAGUCUAUUCUGUAUUUUAUUCUGAACUUCGUAUGUCUGAGUUUUAAUGUUUUGAGUACUCUUACAGGAACACCUGACCACACUUUUGAGUUAAAUUUUAUCCCAAGUGUGAUAUUUAGUUGUUCAAAAAGGGAAGGGAUAUACAUACAUACAUACAUACAUACAUACAUAUAUAUAUAUAUAUAUACAUAUAUAUAUAUAUAUAUAUGUAUAUAUAUAUAUAUAUAGAGAGAGAGAGAGAGAGAGAGAGAGAAAGAGAGAGAGGUUGUUGUAGGUCAUAGGAGUUCAGAGGAAAUCAGUUAUGGCCGUUAAUACUGUAGCUGAAAGUGUUUUCUUUGUGAAUAAAUUCAUAGCAUUAUUGAUCUAUGUUAUUGCUCUGUUUUAUUUACAGUCACACCUGAGAAUUUAGUUUUAAUAUGAAUGAUGUACUUUAUAACUUAAUGAUUAUUUAUUAUGUAUUUGGUUUUGAAUGUUUGUGUUCAUGGCUUCUUAUUUAAGACCUGAUCAUAUUAAAUGCUACCCAGUCAGAA